CCACUCAUUUCAUUGCUUUUUCUUCAUUGUAUAUGUUAUUCUUUUCAAAAUUUGGGAUUAUUAGGUUAGGAUUUGCAUGAUCGAGAUUGGAUUUGAGAAUUUGAUUAAUUGGGAAUCAAUCGUGGGAGUAGGGGCAUGGAGAACGGUCACGAUGAGAAAUUGGCGGAAAAAUUGUCCGGAUUGGAUCUCAACGACAAGAAGCCCUUCAACGAAGAUAGCUUGUUUCAUGUCAUGAAAGCCGUCGAGGCUGCCGAGGCCACCAUUAAACAACAGGCGGAAGAGAACGGUCGAUCGAGGUCUGAACUCCAGAAGACAAUUGAGCAACUCGAAAAAUAUAAAGUGGAAAGUGGUAGCAAUCCGAAUGCUUCCGCUAACGAAGCUGCCAAUGUCAAUUUUUUUGUAACAUUGAAUCCACUUCCGAGUGCUGCUUCUUUUUCUGACAAUUACGUGGGCCCUCCUCUUUCUCUUUUCUCUUCACCCUUAUCAGCCAUUUCUUUUUCCCCUCCCAGGCAUCAAUUAUUUGGGGAAUAUGAUUCUAGAUUGCCACAAGGUUUCUUGCUGAUGCCCCCAGUAAAUAGUUCCAAUUCCCUGUGGAAACAGGAUGAUACCCAUAAGGUUCGGGAACAAGAAGAAGAGAUUUUGCAGUUGCGCAAGCAGCUUGCUGAAUUUUCUGUCAAGGAAGCCCAAAUACGCAAUGAAAAAUAUGUUCUUGAAAAGCACAUUUCCUAUUUGCGAAUGGCCUUUGAUCAGCAGCAACAGGACCUCGUUGAUGCUGCAUCAAAAGCUCUCUCUUAUAGGCAAGACGUCAUAGAGGAAAAUAUUCGUCUUGCUUACCAGUCACAGGCUGCACAGCAAGAAAGAACAACUUUUAUUUCAUCUUUGCUUCCUCUUCUAGCAGAGUAUUCCCUGCAGCCACCUGUACCAGAUGCUCAGUCCAUUGUAAGUAAUGUCAAGGUUUUAUUUAAACAUAUGCAAGAGAAGCUUAUUGUUAUUGAGUCAAAGCUUAAGGUGUGGCAAUAUCAAUUGCCACCUUGGCGGCCAGAUGUCAAUCAUUCCAAUUUCGCCCCUCAAUCACCAUUACAUUCCCUUGGUGCAGCAUUGCCUACAUCGCCUACAUAUUCCCAAGGAAAGAUGCAGAUAAUUUCUGAUGCUCAAAAGGACGCACAAUGGGAUCUACCUGGUCAGCACCAAGGUGGCUUGGGUGGUGGUAUUGCAUCAAAAGAUUUGGAACUUGAUGAUUUGGGGAGGUAUUCACCUAUACCAAGCAGGACUCCCACUCCCAAUGAGAUAUCAACACAGUCGGCAGUUACUCAUAGUGACACACAUACUACACGAUAUUGUGAAGAAACUAUUAAUAAACAAGUUACAUUUUGUGACCCUGUUAGCAAUAGUGAGAUGGAUUAUCCUGAUGCCGAGGGACACCAGAAUGAAAGAGAGCCUCCCUCCAAUUGGGGUUCAGGAAAUACUCCUUAUGCUGCUGCAGACGACUCCACAGCAGAGGAUGAUCCACUUCCAGCUCUAGAAGGUCUCCAAAUUUCUGGGGAAGCUUAUCCAGGAAGGGAACUUCAGGCAUUAAUGUGCUUGCGAUGGCAGUGGGUGCGCCAUAUGGAAGAUGGAUCUGUUAAUUAUAUUAAUGGAGCAAAGCAACCAAAUUAUCUUGUUACUGCUGAUGACGUUGAUACAUACCUUGCUAUUGAAGUCCAGCCUCUAGAUAACAGGAAUCGCAAGGGAGAGCUGGUGAAGGUCUUUGCCAAUGAGCACAAGAAGAUCGCAUGUGAUCCGGAGAUGCUAGGCUGUAUAGAAAGGACUCUUUAUAGUGGUCAUGCUUCAUAUAAAGUUUCAAAUUCGACAGGAUAUCUCGAUAUCUGGGGGCCGGCUACAUUGGCUAUUAAAAGGGACGGUUACACUAUUAAGUGUAGUGGAUCCAAUGGUGUUGUAGUCAUUGAAAAGUUUUGUCCAACCACUGAGAUUAAGAUAACAUUUGGAGAGCCUACAGAGUUUAUGAUUGUGGAAUCAAAUGGUGUUCAACGUCUCUUACGAGCAGAUAGCAGCUCUACAGAUAUCAGCUGUUCAAGAGAUACAAUUGUGCUCACCUUGAGAUUAUUUAUCAUACGGGUAUUACUCUCCUCUUCUAUCCACUUCUCUUUAAUUUCUUUUAGUAAUAGAAUGUCUUAUGUCCUGUUUCCAUUGCAUGCUCUGUCCGUGAACAUGCCAUGUUAUUCAUUUGCCUAA